GCAGCGGCGCCGGAGAUGGACACGCCCGACCGCGCCGCCGCGCAGCAGCCGCCGGCCUCGCGCGCCGAGGACUCGCCGGUGUUCAGCUUCAUCAACAACCUGUCUCCCAUUGAGCCUCUCAAGUCGGCUUACAACGCGAACAGCCUCCAGGGAUACCAGUCCAUCAACAUAACCUCCAUUUCCUCCAUCUUCACUUCCCCGCACGACAAUGUGCACAAGGAAACAAGGCUCGCAAAGAGCUCUCUCGGUGAAAUUUCUGAAAGUGAGGCCAGUGCUGGUGGCAGCAAAACAAACAAGCCAGCCAGGUCUUCAAAUGCUGUCAGGUUGUUUGCCUGCACUAGCACUAUUACCCAAGAAACCCACACAGUUACAUGUUCAGAUGUGGCUGAUCCUCCCACUGGGCCAUGCGAUUUGGCUCAGCCUGCUCAAUUCGAUAAUGGCAGUCCAGACCAUAACACCACACCUUGCCAUGGUGUCAGAUCAGACCUUAAGCAGGACAAGUGUCGGAAACUAGACGCUGUCCAGGCCGUAAAAAAUACAGUGGAGAAAAGGAAAUGCUUGUUUUCCACUGAAAUCCAGCUCCUGGAUGGUGGCCAGCCUGUGAAUGACAGUGAUGACGUCUUGGGAUGUGAAUGGUCGGACUUAAUCUCCACAACCUCAGGUGAGCUUUUGGCCUUCGACUCCACGAUGGAUGACCAUCACAGAGGAAUGCAUCUGGCAGCUAAAAAUGCAGAAUCUUGUGGAUACUUGCUGUCGAAACUUACAGGAGACAGUGAAAUCUCAGGCAGGGCACAUCCUAGUGCAUCUGGUCAAGUAUACUAUCAAGAACUCGUGAUGGGAGAAGAUCAGACAGAAAAUCCUCAAAUAUUUCAGGAUGGUCAACAAACCAUCUCAACAGAAGAAAUUCAGGAUAACAUUUAUGAACCGAAUGGAUGUAUUCCAUUAGACUACAAGGUGGAGAGCCAACAACGUGGCAUACGAAGACGCUGCCUGGUCUUUGAGGCAGCUGGGUUUUCAAAUACUGUUGUGCAGAAAGAGACUGUUGAGAGUCUCUCUGUCUCAACAUGUAAAGGCAAAAGUCAUGUACAAACCCAGCCACGUGGAUUGCGUGGUAUAGGUCUACAUUUAAAUGCCCUUGCAUUAACACCAAAAGGAAAAAUGGCCAGUCAGGAUCAUAUGGCUUCUGGUUUGCGUCCAUCGUUGGCAGAAAAGGAUGUGCAUGGCAAGUUUCUCUCUGCAGGAGAGAAUUUUCCAAACUCUGGUGGUGAGCUGUUAGAAUUUCCCAUGGAUGAUUGUUCAGCUGGAGGUUUUCCUGUAAAUGAUCAUGUUUCAAGUCAAAGUGUCAGUCCUCAAAAGAAGAGACGUAAAACAGAUAAUGGUGAUGAUGGUGAGGCAUGCAAGCGGUGCAGCUGUAAGAAGUCAAAGUGUCUGAAACUGUAUUGUGAGUGUUUUGCUGCUGGUGUUUACUGCUCUGAACCUUGUUCGUGUCAAGGAUGUUUGAACAAACCUAUACACGAGGAAAUUGUUCUCUCCACUCGGAAGCAGAUAGAGUUUCGUAAUCCCCUAGCAUUUGCUCCAAAAGUGAUUCGUAUGUCUGACGCUGGUCCAGAAACUGGGGAAGAUCCUAACAGCACUCCAGCCUCAGCUCGUCACAAGAGAGGAUGCAAUUGCAAGAAGUCAAGCUGUCUCAAGAAAUAUUGUGAAUGCUAUCAGGGAGGAGUUGGAUGCUCUAGCAACUGCAGAUGUGAGAGUUGCAAAAACACUUUCGGCAGAAGAGAUGCUGACAGUGAACUCAUUGAAGAAAUCAAACAAGAAGGUGAACAAACAGAGAAUUGUGGAAAAGAGAAGGAGAAUGAUCAACAAAAGGCAAAUGUACAGAACGAAGAUCAUCCCCUCCUUGAUCUUGUUCCAAUAACACCUCCUUUUGAUCUUUCCAGUUCUCUGCUUAAACUGCCAAAUUUCUCAAGUGCAAAGCCACCAAGACCUUCGAAAGCUCGCAGUGGGAACUACCGUUCGUCUGCUUCAAAAGCUACUGCAACAUUGCAGUCUUGUAAAUCAUCCAAGGUUGCUGGUAGUGCUAUCGAUGAGGGGAUGCCAGAUAUUCUAAAAGAAGCUGAUUCUCCUAACAACUGUGUCAAGACUACUUCACCCAACGGAAAACGAGUCUCGCCGCCACAUAAUGCGCUCAGUAUUUCCCCGAACCGGAAAGGUGGUAGGAAAUUAAUAUUGAAGUCAAUUCCCUCAUUUCCAUCACUUAUGGGAGAGUCAAACAGUGGUUCUGCAAUGAACGAUACCGAUAACACAUUCAACGCAUCGCCUCUCGUUUUAGGACCAUCUUAAAGCUGUGAAGUCGACUAUGGGACCGACUUGUAGUCAGAAUAUGUGCCUCACAUCCUACGCCUGUAGCAAGGCUCGAGGUACUGUUAGAGAAUAGUAAGUUAGAUUUAAGAUGCAGUGAUCUGUAUUUGUAAAAUACGUAGCCUCUCAAUAAUCUGUAUGUAAGAUGCUGUGUCUUGUAGCUGUUAUUUUUAUUGAAUUGUAGUAACACUAUAAAUCACCUCUUGAGGAGGUUCCACAAUUCCAUUCCAUGUUUCUCGUCGCAAA